UGUUUCAACACAGCUUCCGCCAGUACAAGAAGAGUUUAAACCAAAAUCAGCUCUAGGAAAACACGUAAUAAAAACAGGACAUUCAAUCGAUUUCAAGAAUAUUUCGAUUGUAGAACGAGACAAUAAUCGUUAUCGGUUGUUAGUUAAAGAAUCUCUUGCUAUCAGAUCAAAAGGUCCUAUCUUUAAUGGUAUUGAUAGAUCAGUUCCACUUUACGUCUUUCCAGAAGGUCAUUUCAGUACAAAUGUGAAGGGAAGGAAAAAGAAAAAACAGUAACGUUCACGAACAGUUUUCUUGUUUUUCUUUCUGUUUCUUCAAAGACUAUAGAUAUAUAUAUAUAUAAGUGUGUUAGACAGUUCACUCUAUAGGUACAUUUUAUAACUUGUUGUAUUUUCUGAUGAUGAAUAAAGUUUAUUCGAAAGCUUAAAUAAGUUUAUAAAUAUGAAUAGUUCAGCUGCAAUCAUACGUGAUUCAUUAAAUUAGAUCCCGUUAUACAAUCUUAUUAUAAUGAAAUCGAAGCACAAGUUGUAGUCGAUUUAAUCCGGUCUCUAACUACAAUAGAGAAUAUACCACUUUUGACAAUAGGUAUCAUUACAUCCUAUCGAAAGCAAUUGCAGCUGAUUCAACAACAAUUAUCGACGAAUAUUGAUGUUAGCACUGUUGACGGAUUUCAGGGUCGAGAAAAAGACAUAAUUUUAUUAUCAUCGGUGAGAGCACAACAACAAGAAGAAGAUAAUCGAAGAAGUAUUGGUUUUGUAGGAAAUAAACAACGUUUGAAUGUAUCGUUGACACGAGGAAAAUAUGCUGUUUAUAUUAUAGGACAUUUACAAUCAUUAAAUAUCAAUGAACAUUGGUCAAAACUGAUCAAUGAUGCAACCAGACGAAACUGUAUGUUUGAGUACAGAUCUCGUAAACAAAAUUUUGGUUGGUUACGAAAAGAACAGUGA